AAAUUUUAAUAAUUACUUCAACAAUUUUGCGUUUUUGUUGUCAUUACAAAGUAAAUAUUUACGUGCAAGUUUAAAAAUGACUAAUUUUACCUAAAUCAUUAGUCUAAAGUCUCAUUUAUAAUGUCAAAUUAAGUGUCGCUCUUAAAAUGGAAGCAGUUUUGGAAAAACAAAAGAGCAAACAGAAAAAGAAGAAGCCGAAGGAAAAAGUUAAGGAGAAGCCCAAGGAUGAGGAAGACACAGGUGGCACGGCGGAGGUCUCACAACCUCUGGUUGGCGAUGAAAUUCGUAUUCCCAACAUUGAUACCGUCGAACUUCCCAUUGAAACACACGAAGAAAAGCAACUUGAACAUUAUUCGUGUAAGAGUGAAACUGUUACUGUAACUGAAGCUCCUAUUAUCGAGAAAGAAACCAGUCGUCCGCUGAUUAAAGCAGAACUAAAAGCAGAAAUUUCGAGCACUUUCAAUAAGUACUUGUUGGAAAACAAAGAAAUAAUGAAAUCAAUUAAGCUAUCAGAAUUAGAUGCCACUGCAAAAGCUGAGAAAUUCAAAGUCGCCCCUCUUGAGACUAUUAAACCGUACACAGAGUCUCAGUUAGCUUCACUGUACACCAACAUUGAAUUGGAAACAGUAGAACAAUUUGCCAGUCAGUUUGUUGAAGCCGAAUUAAAGGGCAUUGCGAUUAAACGGCAUCCUCUGUACGAAUUAUUAGACAAUUAUCUUCAAGCACGACACAAAAUGACUGGAAAUCUACUGGAGUCUGUACAGCUGCGUAAGGAAUACAAGGAGACACAGGGUCAGAUUUGGUCCGUACAAACGGCGCUUGCUGAUGCACGAGGCGAGUGCCACGACGGUACCGCUGUUUCCGCAAGUCACCCGUACAAUAAAGCGACAUUUCACAGAUCUAUUUUUCAAACAAUCGAAAGGGUUUUAAGUUCCCUUCAGAAGAUUGUGACCGAAAAUCACGUGCUAUACUCGUACUUGGCCGAAGUGUUCAAACUAAAGGUGGAGCUGUUUAUCGAAAUCCUAUCAGCGAAUUGUUUUAAGUGCUUUGAACUAGAUUACGCGAGCCGGAUGUGUUUAAAAUUGGACGGUAUUUCGCCCAAUGUUGCCUUGCUCUCUGAACUUAGACUGUGCAUCUCAGUUCUGUUUUCAUUUCAAAGACGUCUCAUUAGGGACGUUCAGUUCAUUAAGGAAACUCGCGAGUGGCUCAAUCGUUUGGUCGCAAUUUUUUUGAGGGUGGCAAACUGGCAGGAUCAUUUAUUUAUCUUGAAUCAUAUUCUGAGGUGCCCCGCAGGUGUCUGUUCUUGGGCUGCACAUUUCGUUCAAUUGCCAUUGCCGGAUAAAUUGCAAGAAUCUCCGUUCGCGUCUGCAGAAAUAAAUCAUGUUAUUGCUGUGUUGUCUGCAAUUUUAAUGCCAAUACAGAAACGCGAACAGUUCUUGGAGCAGUUGUCACAAUCUAUGGAUAAUUCAGAUGAUGUAUUGUGGGUAAUAGUUGAUUCGGAGGGCGAAGAAGACGAAGAUUCUUCGGGGACAGCGCUACGAGAAAAUGACCUUGUCCAGUUACUAAACCAAUUACCUCUAAAUAAUUUAUUUAAAGAUUUAUUACUGGUUAGGUCCCAUGAUGGUCAGGACGUGUACGAUAACUCCAACAUUAACGAAAAUCAUGUUCUUCGGUUUUUGUCUUUGUGUACGGUGUUACUAAGAAUACUACAAAACGGGUUGGAAACCUACGAUCAACCGCGCUAUCAACAACUUUCAAAACGUCUAUGUCGGUUUGUUAGGCACAUUGUGCAGUACGCGACAGACCAAUGGGAGCAGUUCAAGAAAGUGCAAAGGAUGGACGAUAGGGCCAUGCUGCAACGUUUGCAAGUCGAGUAUGACGCGUUCUUUCUGCGAGCAACGCAGUAUCUGUAUUCCUCUCAAAAGAUGGGAGCUUGGCAAUUUUUAGCCGUGGUUCCCUACCACAUUGUGUCCAUGCAAACUUUGUGGAAAAUAUUUUAUUUACUUCAUGAUGACAAUACUGAAAUACUCAAAUCUUCACAUUCAACGCAAUUUAAACAAAAAAUCUGGUCUGAGGCUUUGAGAGAUCAAUUUGAGGAGAAAUUAUCGCAAACUGAUGACGCGGAGUCGUAUUAUUUAAUUAACACUUUCGCUAAUAUGGUUUUGGCACGUGAGGAGGUAGAUAUGGAGUUUAUUCGGAUUGCCACAUUAGAUUUAUUGCAGAUUGGUUUCAUUAGCGAGAGCACUCAGGAAUCUUGCUCAAAAAAUGCGCGAAUAUUACUUACACACAUAACAUCCAAAUAUCCCGAACUCUUGUCCGACAUUCUCGGUGGGAUUAGGAAAAAGUUCGCCAACAUCGGUAGCCUAAGUCUGUACUUGUACGAAGAGUUGCCCCUAUCGGUAUGGAUACCAUCGGCGGGAGACAUCGAAAUUAUCAUCAUUUGGUUAACGCAAAAUGUAAUUGCAUCCGAUGAAAGUCGUCUGGCGCGAAUGAUACUGUCGAGGUUGAAUUGGGGAAUGGACGAUGGUGCGCUUUUUUUGCCGUACAGUCUGCAUUUCAAGGUGGCGCUAUUGUUGGCGGAAAUCGUCGAGCAAGAGGCGGGGUACUUGCAGUGGGCGUGGCAAACCGCGUUUAGGCUUCGGUUACAUUUUAACGACAAGGGGUUUAGCGAUUUAAGUCGAGUUGUCGAGCCGGACAACUUGAGUGUAAUCAGUAAAGGUGUUCGCGACCAGAAGCCGUUCCCUUGCUUUUUGGCUUUGAUGAUGACGUCGUGGGGACAUCUGGUGCCGUUGAUUGGUAUUAAGGGGCUGUCUCUUUUGGAAACAUUGCAAACGCACCAGAAACAUGAUGCAGUAUUAUUUGCGUUGCACUUAAUUGUUCCAUUAUUUCUGACCUGUCAAGAAUCAUUGAUAAAUUGUGAUAAAUAUCAAACUAUUUUAGUCUCACUAUUAAGUUCGGACCGAACAUAUAUAAACAUGGCAAAGGGUCUACUGGCAACGCAGUGUGGAAUAGUGGAUCGCUUCGGUUACAUGAUUGAGAGCCAGAUCCAAAACUACAAGUGGUACGGUUUGGACAGUCCCCGAUAUCUGAUAAGGCUGUGGAUAAAUUCACUGGUUUCCAUUCCAAACUGGAACAAAGAUCCGAGUGUUCUUAAAGUUCUCGAUAUUAUCUUAAAAGCGGCGUUUUUUCGUGUGGACGCAAUGGACGCGGCUGUGAAUAUUUUGCGGGAGUUACUACAGACCGCCACUCCUCAAGAAAGUAACACUUCCAUUACUUCACUCUUUAAAUGGGCUUCGCAAUCUACGUUACCUCAAGGGAGUUUGUUAGCCGCGGCCUCUCUGCCUUCAUGCGUCUGGUUGGCUUACAUUCUGAUUGCCUUAGAACACGAAGAGAGGGAGAAAGUGACGGGAUUAUGGAGGGAGGUGUUGACACAACUCCAGAACCAAAAGGGCAAAGUAAAUGUGGAUGCCGCAAUCAAGAAAGCGGCAAGUAGCGUCAAAGUGCCUUCGUUUACCUCCUCCUCACUGUGCAUCUACAGAUGGGCACAACAAGCGCUCGACACAUCUCUCGAUCAUCCCCUCUUACCUCUCGUAUGGCAAAAGUUCUUCAUGCUGUUCUUACUGCGCGUUCCCGUCACUAGUGUCGUUGAAAGAGGGUGUUUGGGGGAGAAGUUCUUUGACGGAAUGAUUAAUUUAGGUUUUUUAAAAAGACUGAAGAGACGACUGCAGGAAACUGUCGAUUAUUACCAGAAAAAAGUGGAUGGCUGUGAUAAUGAUGGUAUGGUUCAGAAGAAAGCGUUCUAUGAGAGUUGUCUAAGAUUAUUUCGAGCUUAUAGUCUGUGGUUGGAGGAACCCAGACUGCAAGAAACCAAUUUACACUUACCAAGUCUUCCCCCCCAAUACGAAGCUCGCCUUUUAGCUUUAAUUAUACAGGAGAACUCGGCGCCUUGGCUCGAGUACCUCGACUACGACGUUAUAAAGACCGAACAAGAGAACUCGAUGAAAUCGUGGAGGAUGUCGAUUUACAGAGAGAAGUCAAACGUCAAUCAGCCGCUGUUCAACGCCGGCGCGGGGGUGGAAAGUAGCGAUCCGGUGGAACGAAUAGUGAGACGUUUAAAAUCGUAUGAUGUUCCGAAGGAGGCCCCUAACUUAGUCAAAUCCGCUCCAGUGAUACCUACAUUGGACAUAAACGAGCACGCCUCUAUCGUAAAUAUUGUCGAGCCACACUUUAAAACCCUACUACAAUUUGCACAUAAUCACACAUUGCGAGUCUCGGAACACAAAGCCCUAGACUCGACGUACAAAGAGUUAGUACCACAAUUGUAUCGCGCGGUGCUGUUUAAAGUUAAAAAACAUGUCGCCUGUAAGGGAACCGGGAAUUCCGUAUGUACAGGUGCCGCAACGAUCAUUUUAGAAAUGCAGGACGCGAGAAUAAAUGAACGGAUUGAUCGACAAAUUCAGUGCAACCGAAGCGACUAUGAGUUGGUCCUGAGCAAAUCUCUGCAGGCGCCCGCGCAGGCGCUAUGUUCCGCGUCGGUCACCAUUACGCACGCCAUCAGUAUCCUGGACACGAAAGCGACGGCCAAUUCGAAUAUGUGCGAAAUGGGAGUUGAAUUCUUCUACCACAUUUUAACUUUGGUUAAUGACGAAGUGAAUUAUUUCCCGCCCACAAAGAACGCAUUUAUGACGUUCAUAGAGAAAUUGGGACAUAGGUACAUCACUGGAGUUGAAUACGAAACGCCACGCCUACUAAACAAAAUUUUGGAAGAGCCAAACUUGGUGCCCCUACUUGCUCCUCAUUUUUCACCUAUCAAUAUCGGAACAACUAACUUUCUGCACAUGUACUCCACAAUUUGCGCAGACGCCGGUCAACGUUUCGACAUCAUCUUUCCUUUGCUUUCGAAAUUCGACAUACAACACUGGCUGACAUCGAAACAACCGAAACUCGCGCAGAGAUCCCAAUUUAUCGAACUCGUCCUGAAAGGUCUGACCUCACUUAACUUUACGCCCACUACCGAAUCGAUGAUGCUCCAUGAGAUGUUUCGCAAACACUUGCUCUGCAUUUUUGAGUACCAGUUUCCGGAGCACUACGGCGAUGUUCUCACGGCUCUUCUACAGGCGAGCCACAGUGGUGCGGACACGGGCUGUAUAGCGAUCAGCGUUUGGAUGGACAUAUUCAAUUCGUUAUCGCUACCGGUUAAAUUAAAAACAAACGGAGUUGUCCGAGAUCAGCUGCGGCAGUACGCCCAUCAGCAACAAAUGCUGCAAUACCAAGAGAUUUUAGAAACGGCGAGAUUGCUGUCCACGCACUUCUUCAAGGAGCGUCUGCAGUACGGUCUGUACGGUUUAUAUCCGAAGUAUCGAAAUUACAUGGAGGUCCUAAUUCUGUUGAUGGGCAUGACCGGACACGCUUUCGUAAUUAGCGCGUUAAAUACUCAUCAUGGACUUUUGGGAGAUAAACUGUGCGAAAUAAUCUGGCCUUGCUUAAGGGAGAUGUACGCUCCGUGGAUUUUACCUUAUUGGAUGAAUAACAUUAAGGAUGAAAUGGUUGCGUGGAUGCAACAGUUGACUGACGAUAGAACCGUUUUAUUGCCGUGGAUUCCUGCCGAUGGACCGUUCGCGCAAAAAGCGAUCUGCAGUAUGUUCGAAUGUAUAAUGUUCGUCAUCCACACUCUACCAGCGUGUAAUGUUAUACUAAGCUAUGUGUGGCACUGGUACGUAACGAAUUUUGCCCAUCAAGCUGUUAAGGAUUACAUUCUCAAUGCUGUUCACGCAUCCUUCCUCGCUUUACCGUGGCAUAAUUUCUGGCCUUCAGUAGGAGAUUUAGAGUUAAUGCUUAAGGUGGUCGAGCAGUACCUGCCGGAAUGUCACGUAUUCCUUGGUUACAUUUUCAUCGAGGUGCCGUGGAGUAAUUGGAUACAGCAAGUUUUGGCAAACGCCGCGCCCGCGAUUAUUUUAAGGGUCCAUCAGUGUCUUCUCUACCUUCUAGUCAAAUUAUCGAACGAGCCAAAUAUUAGGAGUAAUUACAGCGAUAAAGCAAAGGCGCUUUUGGUACAAGCGGAAAACUUUAACUGGGAGGUAGUCGAACCAGGAAUGUACCAACAAAUUGUCGAUUGGUACGUGAUGAGCUGUGAUCCUCUAGUUUUAUUUACAACCGAUCCACUUGAUUUAGACUUUCGAGUACUCAACUUCUUGAAAAUCUCGGCGCACUAUCACGAGUCGUACGAGCAUGCGUCCGAUAACGUAUUUUUAAAGCAGCACAUCUUUAUUCGUAGCUUCGUGAAAUUAAUAUCGGUACUCUGUAGCAAACAUAAAGCGAUAGCGGUGGCCAAAACUGAACAAUUGAAUUCUGUGAUAAGCGCGAGCCUUUUGCACUUGGAGACUGUGAUUAGGAGGGAGGAGGCACUCGUAAUAGUUUUAGAGGAUAUGGUCGGAAUUUUAAAUAUAGAUUUAAUUAGUAACGGCGCUACGCAAUGUUUCGAGAGAUGGUUGUCUACGAAAACCUCCGAGAGUAUUAUACUUAAAGCGAUGUUGCAUGUUUUGCCAUCUAGUGUUAAUAACAGCGAAGUGGUGGCGAGUUUAGUGGAGUCGGCGGUAUUCAGAUGUUUUUUUAAUAUUGAUCACAACAAUUUUGUAUCGCCAUGGAAAUACUUAGUAAAAUAUUUACGCCCUUAUCCACCUAAACAGUUGGAGUUGGAAAAAUGUCUGGUUGCAAAAGGAAAAUUGCUAACUCUACAUGUUCUUCUAUUACAAAAAACUGCAACAUGCACGGACUCAACUUUGUUAUUAAACACAAUUUUGCGAUGGCUGGAGGAGCUGAAGUUGGACGCUGCAAUGGAAGACAAGGUGCCGUUGAUUUGGUCCCAGUUCCUAAAAUUGACCAUCAUCCAUUGCAACAUCGAUAUGAGAAGCGGAAGCACAAUCGUGUACAAAUUUUCCCAAUUGCUACUGCAACAGUCUGCGGAAAAGGGAAUAUCGGGUUGGGGAAAGGGAAUUCUAGGAGCGAUUGGGAUUGUAAAGAGUGAAAGUUUAUCUCUGCGAUUUCGAUUUCUCUGUCGCGCUCUGGCCGGUUACGUGUUGGCGCAGUUGCCCGAAACGAAGGGCCAUCCGCAAACCGUACGAAUCUGUUCGAACGCUCCUGCGAUUGUCGGUCAACCUGGUGGAAAUACGGAAUGUGUUAAAGUACUGCUCGGAUUGGCGAUGGGACAGACUCAAGGAGAAAUUAAAACUUGUGCCGAAUUAGCUCUUAAACUGAUUCAAGAUCCCAUCAAUUCCCUACAUAAUUCGCGCACCUUCUUAUCAUUGAUAGUAACUCAGUUGUAUACAAAGCCUUACUUAAAAGAUAUCGACAACUGUUAAUGGCAAUGAUAAGUGUUACCAGCAACAGAACUGAAGCAAAGAAUAAAAAUAUUCUUGUUGGACUGUUUUUGUUUCAAUUUUGAUUGGUUUAAUAUGUGCUAAUUUGUUUUAAUGGUGAUAUAUAUUUUAUACUAUCUUUUUGCAAUAUUGUAGAAUAAAUUUUUUUUCUAUUUAGUGUGAGAA